GCCUGGAGCGAUGGCGGCGGCCGCCUACGAGCUGCUGGUGCUGGGCGGCGGCUCCGGAGGGCUGGCGGGGGCCCGUCGGGCGGCCGAGCUCGGCGCCCGGGUCGCGCUGGUGGAGCCGCAGCGCCUCGGCGGCACCUGCGUCAAUGUUGGAUGUGUGCCAAAGAAGGUGAUGUGGAACACAGCGGUGCACGCGGAGUUUAUCCACGACCACGCUGACUAUGGCUUUGAAACUGCGGGUGUCAAGUUCAACUGGAGGACCAUCAAGGAGAAACGAGACGCGUACGUGCGGCGCCUCAAUGACAUCUAUGAGAACAAUGUGAGGAAGGCUCACAUUGAUGUCAUCCGGGGCUAUGGAAAGUUCACCGCGGAUCCCGAGCCAACCAUCGAAGUGAAUGGGAAAAAGUACACGGCUCCUCACAUCCUUAUAGCCACGGGAGGGCGCCCGGCUGUCCCUUCCGACCGCGAAAUUCCUGGUGCCAGUCUGGGGAUGACCAGUGAUGGCUUCUUUGACCUGGAGGAGCUGCCCAGGCGCAGCGUCGUCGUCGGGGCCGGCUACAUCGCGGUGGAGAUGGUGGGGAUCCUCUCCACGCUGGGCUCCAAAUCAUCGCUGCUCAUCCGCCACGACAAGGUGCUGCGAACCUUUGACUCCCUGAUCAGCUCCAACUGCACCCAGGAGCUGGAGAACACCGGGGUGGAUGUCUGGAAGCACACACAGGUCAAGAAGGUCACCAAGUCUCCGUGUGGGCUGCUGGAUGUGACGGUGGCCUCGGUGGCACCCGGCCACAAGCCGAUGGAGGCGGUGAUCCGGGACGUGGACUGCCUGCUGUGGGCCGUGGGGCGGGAGCCCAGCUCCGACGGGCUGGGCCUGGAGCGAGUGGGCGUGCAGGUGGACCCCAAGGGCCACGUGGUGGUGGAUGAGUACCAGAACACCACCAGGAGAGGGAUCUACGCCAUCGGGGAUGUCUGUGGGAGAGCCCUCCUCACCCCAGUGGCCAUCGCAGCUGGCAGGAAGCUGGCCCACAGGCUCUUCGAGGGCAGGCAGGACUCCCGGCUGGACUACGAGAACAUCCCCACGGUCGUCUUCAGCCACCCGCCCAUCGGCACCGUGGGGCUCACCGAAGAGGAGGCCGUGGCCAUACAUGGGAAGGACAAGGUGAAGAUCUACAACACAGCCUUCACUCCCUUGUACCACGCUGUCACCCAGAGGAAGGUGAAGUGUGUCAUGAAGCUGGUGUGUGCUGGCAAGGAGGAGAAGAUGGUGCCGCCGUCCUUCCAAAUAGAUGGAAGCGUCCUGGGACACGGAUGGGCCCUGCCGCUCACCGAGCCGUUUGUAAAACUAAAAGGACAAUGUUCUGCAAGAACUCCGUGAUGAGGAUUCCAAGCUGAUGUUCCACGGGCUAUGGGGGAAGCAGAAAGCAGCGGUUCCCUGCAAGUCUCAGUUCCCUGCAAGUCUCAAUUGCCUGCAAGUCUCAGCUCCCUGCGUUGUGGAUAUUUUGUUGCUUCCAUGAGUAACACUUCUCCAUCGGAAGCUCUUUGGAUUCCAAAGUGAACUCGCCGCCUUUGGGCUUCCAGACAGAGAAGAUGUGAAUAUGGGGAAGUGAUGGGGAGACAGAGAACUGCAGCAGUGUGUGUGUUUGUGCAGGGAGAACUGGGGUAGGAAUUUUAGACAAAAUCCUCUGACCUGGAUGCAGGAUCCUCUCUUGGCCAGAGGUUUCUCUGUCUGUGGCUUUUUCAGAGCAUCCAGCUCCGGGCCCCUGGUCCAACAUCCUGGAUUCUGGAAUUCCAUCUGCUGUGUCACACAGGGCAGACCUGCCCUUGCUGCAGUGUCUGUGUGUGGCUGGAGCUUCUCAGCCUCCAUUUACAGCACGUGAUGAUUCCAUACAUUCCACGCUGAGUUACGCUGGAAAAGAAUUUGUUGGUUUCAGUUAAUAUUGGGACAAUUGUUCUCUCGAAUUUAAACGAUUUGUUAGAGGAUUAAUUUUUAAACUAUGGCAGGAAUUAAAAGGGGAGUGUAAAAAAUGGAGAA